GCUACCUGUAAACAGAAGCCACGUGACCAGCAGCGUUGCAUGGGCUUUGCAGCAGCGGGACGAAUGACGGCCGAGUUAGAGGAAGUUACUGGGAGCAGCUGUGUUAGUAUGUAAUCUUACACGAGUCGGAUACAGCGUUGCAGUUAAAGAGAGGAAGGCAGCAGCAUUCAUGGAUAUUGUGGACACCUUUAACCAUUUAAUACCCAGUGACCAGUUGGACGAAUCCCUUAUAAUAGGUCAGAAUUUGGAAUGUGAGGCCAGUAAUGAGUUUGGGACAGGACUUGGACUGGAAGAUUCACUGAAGAACAUGCUCAGUGACAAAGAUCCCAUGUUUGGGUGUGCAAGCUCUCAGUUCAAUCUGCUGGACAAUGAGGACUCCACUUUUCAGAUUGCUGGCUCAACAGGUCGUGAUGAUGGUUCAGCACCCACAGGCCUCAGCAGUGAACUGACAGCUGCAGAGACCAGACCAGUCAAGCGACCCGUGGGCAGGCCGAAGAAACGUCCAUGUAAUUUAGAAUACACAGAACAUAGCAGCGGUCCACAACCUGGUAACACAUCCACCAACACCAUGGCCCGAGGACGACCAGGAAGGAAACCAGCGAACAGACUACAGAAGUCAUUUCUUAUUGAGAAAGGAGUUAAAGGUGCCCAGCUGAAGAAAGAAUUAACUCUGGGAGGGCGUAUUAAUGUUAAUGAUGUUGAUGGUGGAUUAUGGCUGAAUCCUACGGUUGUAUUGAGACGAUUGACAGUCACAAUUGGAGGAUUCAGGAUUGAGCUGCUUCCAGGACCCUCUUACACACAUGUUGAAACGAGCCAGUCUGCAUGCUUUGACGAUGGUUUUUCAUAUGGUGGGGACGUUGGGAUUGCUGUGUUGCCAGAUGAUGCUGUCAAUGUACAGAAUCCCAUACCUGAGAAUGUGGCAGAGGUGGAUGUAACUGAGAAGAGCUCUGCUGAUGAUGCAGCCCUUGGGCUGGGCCCGUAUGUGAAUCCUAAUGACGUGCAGACCUCAAACGGGACAUUAAUGGGGAGUGCCUGCACGCAAAUGACAAAACUUGACAAUCAGAGUAUUUCUGGAAAGGAAAAGCCAGUCAGUAAAGGACAAGACGGCAUCAAACAGCCACAGAGCAAUGAGAAUAACGGAACUACUGUUAGUAAUAAGACUGAUGGUAAGGAAAAACAACAGAUUGUGGCCAAAACGCUGCUCAAGUCUAAACAAGGACAGACUUCUAACAAGAAUAAGGACUUGGUUUCAGGUAAACCAAACAACAUGAUUAAGGGACAUAAAGUAUCCCAAAACAUGCCAUCCACAAUCAUCCAAAGAGAAGACCUGCACAAAAUGAAAUCUCUAAAGGAAAAGAAAGACAUUGCACCUUUGAAAAGGCCUGCAGAAAACCCCCAAAGUGAGCAUGCUACUAAAAUGCAAAAGAUACAGGGUACAGGAGAUAGUAAAGUCAAGCCAAAAUCACCAGGUACACCUUGCUCUGUAGUGAAGAAGAUCCCAUCAGGUGGCAACCGUGUUGAUCAGCAGGGACCAACUAAACAAACUCAUCCUCACAAUAGCUCCAAAGUUGAAACUGCUCACCCGACGCAUGCUCGUCCAGGCCAUUCUUUAAAAAUGCCAGAUGAAGGAGGGCAGGAAAAGCCCAAACUGAAAAAGCCAGAAAAGAUCCUUCAGAGACAGAAAAGUAAAAAUGCAAGAAGCAUCUCUGUGGAAGAGCCGCAGCUGUUUAUUCCAGAUAACGCUCCUGCUGUGAAGAAGGAAACUGCUGAGGAGCAACCUGCUAACAGCGAGACUGUAUGGGAUGGAAACAACUGUUGUGGUCUGUGCAAAAACCACCACAAUAACAUGUUCAUGGUAGGCUGCGGCCGCUGUGACGACUGGUUCCACGGCGACUGUGUUGGUCUCGACCUGACGAAAGUGCGUGAAAUGGAGGAGGAGGACCAGAUGUACGUGUGCUUGAAGUGCUGUGAGGAGGAAAGCAAAAAGGUGGAGCAUGAACCCCCGAGUGCAGCCAAACCACAAGUUCAAGUAAAGACUGAGGUACAGGAUCACAAGCUGCCUCCCAAGCCCCGACCAGGACCCUCCCAGACACUCACAUCAGGCGGGGUCAGACCAGUAAGAAAGGAUCCCGAUAGAAGGCAGUCCACAGAUGUCAGAGAAGCAGCUCAUAAAACAGGCGUUCAGCUGAAACAAGAGACAAAAAGUAAGACUCCAUCUUCAGCUUCAAAGAAGCCUGUGUCUGUGGAGGCAAUCAGGCGAAGUGUGCGUGAUUCUCUGAAAGAAAUCCUUAUACAGAGGUUGAAGGAGUCUGAUGUGAACAUCUCAGUGGAGAGGGCCUAUGAAGUUGCCAAGAAGACAGAGAGAGAGCUUUUUCACUUGUAUAAAGACACUGACAACAAAUACAAGAACAAGUACAGAAGCUUAAUGUUUAACCUCAAAGAUACUAAAAAUAAUGUCCUCUUUAAGAGGGUUCUCAAAGGGGAAAUUUCUCCUGGUAACCUAAUUCGAAUGAGCCCUGAGGAACUGGCCUCGAAAGAAUUGGCUGCUUGGCGACAAAGGGAGAACCGACAUACUAUCGAGAUGAUUGAAAAAGAGCAAAGAGAGGUAGAGAGACGACCGAUCACUAAGAUCACACACAAAGGUGAAAUUGAAAUUGAGAGCCAAGAACCAGUGAAAGCACCUGAGCCUGCAGAGGUUGAGCCUCCUCCCAAAAUGACAGAAGCCUCAGCAGAACCUCCAAAAACCCCUGAGAAGAAAGCAGAGAGUACCAAGAUGGAGAAAGACACUACCAACCAACACAAGUCUCACUUAUUUGACCUACACUGCAAAAUCUGCACAGGUCGUAUGGCGCCCCCUGUGGAGGAGGUUCCAACCAAAGUGGUCAAAGUUGCUACCACUGUGGUUAGGAGGCAGUCCACCAAAGCAGAGGAGACGAAGAGCACAACAACAACACCUGCAAUCGACGAUGACCUGCACCUCACAGUUUUAGAGGAGAGCUUCCGAAACGCUCAUUCAGGCUAUGAAGGAAGGUCGGAUCACACAGCUGGAAGAGAUGAAGAGGCUGCUUUCCUUUCCAACCUGAAGUCCCUGUGGCGAGGAUUCAUUCAUAUGCACUCUGUGGCAAAGUUCGUGACAAAAGCCUUCCCCGUCUCUGGCAUUUUGGACAACUUAACUGAGGACCUUCCAGACAGCAUUCAGGUUGGCGGAAGGAUAAGUCCACAGACAGUGUGGGACUACUUGGAGAAGAUUCGGGCAACUGGAACAAAAGAGGUGUGCCUGAUUCGCUUCUCCCCUGAGACAGAGGAAGAUGAGAUCUCCUAUACUCUUCUGUAUGCCUACUUCAGCAGUCGUAGGCGUUUUGGGGUGGUGUCCAAUAACCUGAAACAAGUGAAGGACAUGUAUCUCAUUCCUUUGGGUGCCACUGAAAAAGUUCCACAUCAGCUUGUUCCCUUUGAUGGGCCAGGUUUAGAAAACAACCGUGCCAACCUUCUCCUUGGACUCAUAAUUCGCCAGAGACCAAAAAGGGAUUUUCUUCCCGUGGACAUGAACGAAACUGCAAGGAUUAUUCCCGAAAUCAAGCCUAUCACCGUUUCCACAAAAGAAACCAGUGCAACGGAAGAGGAUGAGAAAUUUUUCCUCUCUUCCUUGACUACUGCACAUAAUAAAGAGAAGGACAAACCACUUAACACUACUGAAGAUGUUGAUGAGCCGGUUACAGAGUCUUCUGAAGAACCAUCUGCAUCAGAGGAGACCAACAAUCAGGAAGCCCAAAAACCACUGCGCUUUCUUCCAGGUGUGUUAUUAGGCUGGGGUGGGGAAUUACCACCUCUGCCAGAUGUUGGAGGCAAAUCUGCAGCAACAACAGCAGAUGACACCCAGAAGACCCAACCAGCUUCAAAAACAGAGGCAUCAACUGGAAACUCAAAAAGUCCAACAGCUGCUGCACCACGAGAGCGCUUUGUCAUCAAGAAGAAAGAAGCUAAACCUGUUAAAGCUGAACCGGAGCUAUCCAGCCGGACUGAUACUUCUGCUGUUAACAACUCAUCAGGAAAGGAUGCUGCAGUGGUGACCCAUGGAGCAUCAGUCUCUCUGAAAGAUAAGCCUCCGGAUGUAUCGACCGAAGUGUUCCUGGCAAGCUUGUCAACAGCUCUAAGUGGCACUGAAACUAGCAGCGCUGCCUCUGCAAACAAAGGCGACGCUGGCCUUCUGUCUGAAACUGAAAAAGGAACAUUUGAAGGAAAUUCUUUGUUGCAGUCAAAACCCCAGGCUGCUUCAGCACACACAAAUAGCUCAAAACCUCCUUUAAGUGGAAUAUUGAAAAAAUCUUCAGCAUAUUCCAGCCUGAAUGAAGAUAAAACAACGGUGCUACAAAAGGAUAAAGCCAGCCACCCAGCUCCUUCGAGUCCUAAACCUGUUCCUGUGUUGAGCACCACUAGAAAUGAUCCAGUUACACUAUUUCACCAAGGAUUUUUACAGGUUUCUCAGGCCAAGAACAAACCUGAGGAAGAAAACCAAACAACUAUUCGAUCAUUCCCUAGUGAAAAGGAAGUUCCUUCCGUGUCCCAGGCUGGUGCUACAGUAACUCAGACAGUAUAUCCUCCUGCAGUCCAAGGACCACAAGCAGCAUGUUACACAGAAGCCUCUGAGCUCCAACAUGACUCAGUAAUGGAACCAGCUCUCCCAGUAUACAACAGUGCUGCACUUAUCCCAUUGCAGCAGCAACAGCCUCAGCCUCAGCUUCAACCUCAGCCUCAGGUACCUGGCAGCUACGACUACCCAACUGGCCCUCCUCCCAACACUUUCUCCACCCUACCCACCCAGGAUCAAAACCACAUUACACCAUGGGCUCAGGAUAGCACUUUGCACGCUCCUCCUGGACUUCAGGCACAGUUCGCUGAGAGCUACUCUGAACCGUCGGGCCAACCUCCAUUCCUCGCCAAAGACCACAAGCGUCUAGAGGAGCGAUACAGUGACCCGUGGGAGAGGGCGCGAAACACAGAGGACAAAGACCACCACGGGAGGCACAGCCAUCACAGGGACUCCCAUCACGGGAAAAAGAGCAGACACCACGACCGGGAGCGGGAGAAAAAGCACGAUCGCAGUCAUGACGACAGGUACAGAGAGAGGAGUAGGCACCACGGAUACUCAGACGACCGCUAUGGUGAAAAGAGGAAAGAGAGGCAGCACAGUGAUGACUACAGCAGCCGUCAUAAGGACAGACAAAGACAUAGACGGGACUCUGAUUAUGAGAACGGACGGAGAAGUUCAAAAGACAGUUAGUCAUAAUUAUGCCGUUUUUCGUUCGGGGCUCUAAGAAAGACUGUUAAGCUUGUUGGUCACUCGGCUGGUUCAAACCACUUCGGCUAUAUUGACUGAUAGUGGAGUUGUUUGUUGUUUUAUACAGCAGUGUGCAGCUUAUAUGCCAUUUCCUUCAUAGAAGUUCCAUGUUAUGUUAUUGACAGUACAGCCAAAAUGAGAUAUCAUUUCAGUGGGAUUGUGAAGAUCUUUAUACAUAUGUUUUCUUCAGACCAAGAAGAAUUCAAUAUUGGAACAUUUUCAAGUUUUUAACCUUUUAUUGUAUAUAUCUUCAUAUUGAGCUGCUGUACUGACAAAUGAUCAGUAAAUGUUUUCAGUCUCGUGGUAACAAAAGUGUGGACCAGUUGGUGAAAAGUUGAACUCUAACAUUUGGCAUGAAUGUAACAGAAAACAUUUAACUGAGGACAGUGAUCUAAACAGCAGCUUUGCUUUCUUUUCAACUUAAUUUCUUUUAAAUUGAUUAAAUAUUUUAUAAACUUACUUUCUAUUGAAAAAGUAUGUACAUUUCGGCUUGUAAUAUACAUUAGAGAUUAAGUGUGCCUUUGCCCUGUGUGUUUAUGUACAGUUCGUAAUAAAGCUAAUCCUUUUUUAUUAUUGAUUAUAAAAAAACUUCUCAUAUUUCUUUCUAAUUGUAUUAAAGGUAAAACCACCUGGAUACUGAUUUACUUUGUACUAUUCCAAUAAUUUUAGACAGUAAAGUUGUUAUUUACAAAAACAAGACAUGUCCAUCAAGGAAUCAGAUGCAGGGACUUGAAUUUACAUCAGAUGAUGUGUUGUUGAAAUUAGUCCUUUCACAUAUGAAUAGUGACUGACUCUCAGGG